AUGAUCUGCCGCAAGUGCUACGUAAGUCGCCACGCUCCCACCCUCACCUCCGGAUACACGCGACACGCCUGGCAAGAGAAGAAGACAUUAAGAAGACGCAAAACGCGAUGGACGAACAAGAUGAUGAUUAAGAAUAUUUCUGACAUGGCGCUCCUCUUUACAGGCUCGUCUUCCCCUCGUGCCACCAACUGCCGCAAGAAGAAGUGCGGUCACACCAACCAGCUCCGCCCCAAGAAGAAGCUGAAGUAA